AUGAAUCUCCAUCAAUUUCUCAAACAACUGUCGCUGGAUAAUGGAGUUGAUUCCAUUGCAUUUGUUUCCGACAAUGCGAGAUCACCGCCAAGAACAUCAACCGCCAGAGGCCAGCACCUCCGUCGUAAGCGUGAUCACGCGAUGGCUUCCAAGGCUCAUCAGUAUUCCUCAUCUUCGUCGUGUGAAGAGUCCACCGUAAAGAACGCUGACGAUUAUACUGCAGCAAGAACCAAGUCAGCACCUAUCUCCGAACCUGGCAAUGGUACAAGAUGCAUCGGAAGCCCAAGAAGUUCUUCCGCCUUUUCUCACAUUAGCAAGCCAACUAGUCGCACAGAAAUUAUCUAUGAGCAAGCAUUUCGUGCAACACAACCGCCAGCUACGACGAUGAGAUCAUCAUCAGCACCAACAUAUCUACCAUCUGGAGAUAUCGAACGGUCCUCGUUCCAAAGCCCCACGGCGGUCGUGAGAACAACGGUCUCCGUCGACAUGCAGCCAAUCGAUACGUGCCCAAAAACUUUUCAGCUUGCAGCGCCAAGUAGAAGACCACAGUAUGAUCGACAUUUCAAGGCAAUCAGUCUUUCACCUGUGGAGAAAACAAGAAGUAUGGCAAUGUCAUAG